AUGCAAGUGAAUAAGUUCGAUGGAGGUUCUCUCAUAGUAGGAGGCUACGGUGAUGAUGUGGGACCCGGUCUCGUCGACGCUGGUCUCAGAGGUGUAGGCAUCGAAGCCGAUGGUCUUGGAGGGGUUGGUCUCGGAGGUGCUGGAAUCGGAGCAUCUGCUUUGGGCGGCUACGGAGGAGGUGGUUUGGCCGGUUCUGGUGGUCUGGGAUACGGAAGCGGUGUUGGACACGCUCAUCCUGGCUAUGUGGUCACGGCUAUGGGGGUGAUCUCGGCCUCGGCCAUGGAUUCCAGUCCAGCUAUGGCCCUUCGGCUGGGGGCCAGGUUCUUCAUCGCCGUUGCUCUCUGCGCCCGUGUGGUUAGCGAAGCUCCCGCCAAAGAAGCUGCCCAGAAGGAGAAAGUUGAAGCACGCGGAGGCCUUGUGGGUGGUGGUCUAGAAGUCAGAGUUUAUGGCGCAGGUGUGGGACCCGGCAUUGUUUGUACUGGUCUCAGAGGUGCAGGCAUUGGAGCAGCUGGUCUUGGAGGUGCUGGCCGAGUCGGUUCAGGAGCAGCUAGUCUGGGAAAUGCUGGUCUCGGAGUUGCAGGAAUCGGAUACGCUGGUCUUAGAAGUGCUGCUCUUGGAGGUGAAAAGAUUGGAGCAGCAGUGCUGGGCGGCUACGGAGGAGCUGGAUUUGCCGGACCGUUGCUGACUGGCCCCGGUCUCAUUGGAACUGGUGGUCUCAGAUAUAGAAGUGAAAUCGGUCUCAGUCAUCUUGGAUACGGUAGUCUCGGCUAUGAUGGUGGUCUCGGCUACGGCAGAGGAGUCCAGUCCGGCUAUGACUUUUCGGCUGGUGGCCUGCGACGUGGCUACUAG